ACACUUUGUGAUUUUCAAUCUCAAAUAUAAAUGAUGUGUUGCUCAACAGUUUGAUACAAGUUUUUCUUUCUCUAUUUUUUGGAGCAGUUGCAGUUGGAGCUGUGAAGUUUCCAUUGACAUUUGACCAUCAUGAAGUUUUACAGUUUGUCCAGCGAAGCCAACCGGCCUUGCUCCAUAGUUACCUUCCAGGACACGACCAUCAUGCUGGACUGCUGCCUGGACCAGAGUCCAGCACAGCAUUUCCUGCCCCUGCACCUUGUGCCCAGCCAGCGUGCCAGCAACCUGGCAUACUGGACACCUCGUGAAGCAGAUGCCCAUCUAGAAGGGGAGCUGCGUGAGUGCAGCAACAGGGUGUUUGUGGACUCACCUCCUGAAUUCAAAGCUCCUGCUGGCCAGUUGGUGGAUUUUUCUGAGCUGGAUGCCAUCUUGGUGUCUAAUUACCUGAGCAUCCUGGCCCUGCCCUACAUCACCAACGAGACUGGCUUUAGGGGCACGGUGCUCAUGACAGAGCCUACCAUGCAGCUUGGCAGGUUGGUGAUGAAGGAGCUGGUGGAGGACAUUGAGCGCUGCCCCAAGGCGCGCUGCAGCGACGGCUGGAAGCAGUGCCUGCGGCUGCUGCCUGCGCCGCUGUGCCACGUACGGCCUCAUGCUUGGCGCCGCAUCUACACAGCAGCAGGCAUUGCUGAGGCGCUGUCUUAUGUCACCAUCGUCGCCUACAAUGAGGCUGUGAGCAUAUGUGGUGCGGUGCAGGCAACCGCGGUGUGCUCGGGCUUCAGCGUGGGCAGCUGCAACUGGCUGCUGCAGUCCCACCAGCACAAGGUAGUGUACCUGAGUGCCUCGUCGUCCCUGACGACGCACCCUCGUCCCCUGAGCUUCUCGUCCCUGCGUCGUCCAGACGUGCUCAUCGUGUCGUCCCUCAUCCACCGUCCCGCGUCCAACCCCGACCUCAUGAUGGGCGACCUCUGCGGCUCUGCCGUCCACGCUCUACGCAACAACGGCUGCGUGCUGGUGCCAUGCUACACCAGCGGGCUGGUGUAUGACAUGCUUGAGUGUUGUAUGGUAUUGCCGUGUUAUAUGGUAUUAUUGUGUUUGCAGGCUGCGUGUUGGUGCCGUGCUACACCAGCGGGCUGGUGUAUGACAUGCUUGAGUGUUGUAUGGUAUUGCCGUGUUAUAUGGUAUUAUUGUGUUUGCAGGCUGUGUGUUGGUGCCGUGCUACACCAGCGGGCUGGUGCUGUGUNCAUUGUAGUGCUAUCAAGCAAGAAGCAGAACAAAGUGUACCAGCAGGAGGACCCCUUCGUGCACGCACAGCUCGUGCGCUCCGGCAGAGUGAAGGCCUUCAAGAGCCUUCAUGCUGAUGGCUUCACUGCAGAGUUCAGGCAGNCACCGGUGGGUAUCCUAGAGGUCCUGGUGCUCUUCACCGAGCCUGAGUUUGACUUCAUCGAGGCCCUGGCCCCCUACCAGCCCAUGGCCAUGAGGCCGCUCUACUGCCCCAUUGACACCUGCCUCAACUACGCGCAGGCGCAGAAGCUGCUGUCGGAGCUGAAGGCGACCACGGUGCUGCUGCCGGCGUCCUACACGAAGGCUCCCCCCACGGCGGCCGCGGCGGUCGCUAAGGACCUCAAACUCGAGAUCCCUGCAGGUGCACCCCAGUCUGCUAUUACCCCAUCCCCCGACGAGUGUGAGGCUGAGGGCCCCAGGCGCUACCCCAGCAGAUACCCCCACGGGGCGCUGCCCGUCGACGACCUCAUGCAGGGGCUCAGCCAGGCGGGCAUGGUGGACGCCAGGCUCGAGGAGGACGCGGGGGGCUGUAUCAUCACUGUGGACUCAGAGGACGUGAUGCUGCAGCUGCGCGACCACGCGACGCACGUCAUCACGAGCACGCGUGCUGCGCGGGAUAAGAUACGUGCCAUCCUGCAGCGUGUCCUGCAGCACGUCUAGUGCACGUCCUGCAGCAAGUCUAGUGCACGUCCUGCAACACGUCGUCGUUCACAAUAAUAACAAAUAAUGUUAUUGUUCGCUUCCCUGUAAUUGUACAAAUUGUUGAUAGCUGCGCCUGAAUUACGGCUUCGUCCUGAGAUCGGACUAAAGGAGGUGAUGGCGCCUAUACUUGUUUUUUUUUU